AUGUCCAAGAAACGAAGUGCUAGUAGUCAAAAAAUCUCAAAGAAUAUUCCAGCGAAAAAGCAAAACGUUGCGAACCAGAAAAAGGACAAAAUAGUCACACCUGUCAGUGGUCUAGCCCCUGAUAAGACGGAUGAUGGUAAAGAAAAGAUCUACAGCAAGUACAGAUUGGUUCCCGAUUCCAACGGAACUUUUCUGACUUACCCACUUAUAGUGCCAAUAAUACCUGAUCAUCCUACAAUCCCUGCCAUGUUAAAGCAACUAAAAGCCGCAAAUGGACUUGGAACCGAAGAUAUAAAGCCUAUCACCAGGACAAGAAAUAAACGUCAACUCCUGAUGCAGUCUGAUAUCAUGGAUCAAAUGUUCAACACUAAUCCGGAAGAGCAGAUGGUUGAUAGAACCGGGCUUGGAUCAAACGAAGGCGAUAUUUUGGUCAGUCCGAGUGCUUUACCAAACGAUUUCGGUAAGAAUAUCAAGCCAAAUUCUUCGAGUCGGCUACUAAAGGAACUGGCAGCUUAUAAUUUACCUGGAGGGAAUGAGUAUGAAGAUACCAGGAAAAGAUCAGCCAAUUGA